UAUCAGAAACCGUCAACUCCAGAAGCCUUCUAUACUGCUCUGGGCUCUGAUCCUCACAUCCAUAUGGAAGUUCAAGACAAUGGAGAGGCCCGGCUGGAGUGCACCUCAGUGGGCUGGUACCCAGAGCCCCAGGUGCAGUGGAGAACACCCAAGGGAGAGAAGCUUUCAUCCACGUCAGAGUUCAAGAACCCUGAUGAAAGAGGCCUGUUCACUGUGGUAGCUUCAGUGACCAUCAGGGACACCUCUAUGAAGAAUGUGUCCUGCUGUAUCCAGAACGUCCUUCUUGGCCAGGAGAAGGAAGUAGGAAUUCUCAUACCAGCUCCUUCCUUCCCAAGGCUGACUCCCUGGAUGGUGGCUGUGGCUGUCAUAUUAGUGGUCCUAGGAAUUCUCACCAUCGGGUCCAUAUUUUUCACCUGGAGACUAUACAAGGAAAGGUCCAGACAGAGGAAGGAUAAAUUCAGCUCUACAGAGAAACUCCUGGAAGAGCUCAAGUGGAAAAAGGCUACACUGCAUGCAGUUGAUGUGACUCUGGAUCCAGACACCGCCCACCCCCACCUCUACCUGUAUGAGGGUUACAAAUCUGUCCGUCUGGAAGAUGCACGUCAGAAGCUGCCUGAGAAACCUGAGAGAUUUGACUCCUGGCCUUGCGUGUUGGGUCGGGAGGCCUUCACCUCGGGGAGACAUUACUGGGAGGUGGAGGUAGGAGACAGGACCGACUGGGUGAUCGGGGUGUGUAGGGAGGAUGUGAUGAAGAAAGGAUUUGACCCCAUGACUCCCAAGAAUGGGUUCUGGGCUGUGGAGCUGUAUGGAAAUGGGUACUGGGCCCUCACCCCCCUGCGGACCCCUCUUACCCUAGCAGGACCCCCCCACCGGGUUGGGAUUUUCCUGGACUAUGAAUCAGGACACAUUGCAUUCUACAACAUGACUGAUGGGUCCCACAUCUACACUUUCUCCAAUACCCCUUUCCCUGGCCCCCUACGACCCUUCUUCUGCUUGUGGUCCUGCGGUAAAAAGCCCCUGACCAUCUGCCCGAUCACUGAUGAGCUUGAGGGAGUCACAGUAGUUGCUGAUGCCAAGGACCCUUCCAACGAGAUCCCACUGUCCCCCAUGAGGGAGGAUGCUGCCUCUGGAGACACAGACGCACUUCAUUCUAAACUAAUCUCUACCCAGUCUAACCAAGGGGCACCUUAAGAACGAUGCCAGUUUAGCUGUUCUCCUUUGCUCUAACCCUGUCUGCCACCACCCCCUGAGGCUUCAGUUGCCAGCUUUGCCCAGCUCCCAUUGCUUCCUGUUGGGUAGGGAUCGAUUAGUCUUGGAUGGUUGCAUUGCUGCUGCUAGAGUGUGUGGUGUGUAGGAUCUUUCUAAUCUGUUUCUGUACCAAUAUUCAGGGGCCAGGUAGGUGACUCUUCAACUACUUCUGUUCUCCUAUCCCUUGAGGCCCACUCCUAAAG